AUGAACUCGCUCGUCUACUCGCCCGACGGCCAGCGCAUCGUGACCAUUGCCGACGACGGCAAGAUCAAGGUGUGGGACGUCGAGUCGGGCUUCUGCAUCGUCACCUUCACCGAGCACACGAGCGGCGUGACGGCGUGCGAGUUUGCCAAGAAGGGCAACGUCCUCUUCACCGCCAGUCUCGACGGCUCCAUCCGCGCCUGGGACCUCAUCCGCUACCGCAACUUCCGCACCUUCACGGCGCCCACGAGGCUGUCCUUUUCCUGCAUGGCCGUCGACCCCAGCGGCGAGGUCGUCGCCGCCGGCUCGCUCGACUCGUUCGACGUGCACAUUUGGUCCGUCCAGACGGGCCAGCUGCUCGACCAGAUGUCCGGCCACGAGGGCCCCGUACGAGCGAGCCGCUGCAGCUGCAGGCCGACGUGCUCGACAUUGCCGUCCGCCCCGACUCGCUGCAGCUCGCCGUCUCGACGCUCGACGGCCAGCUGA